AUGGCCGGCAGCACUGUUCCCUCCAAAUCCUCGAUCGAGGUCCCCGAGUCGGUGCUCAAGAAGCAGAAGGCCAACUCCAAGGCUACCGAGCAGAAGGCCGCCGACCUGAAGAAGAAGCGUGAGGCCAACAAGAAGAAGCGCUCUGUCAUCUUCGAGCGCGCCCAGAAGUACCAGCAGGAGUACGUCAAGGCCGAGCGCGACAUCAUCGAGGCCAAGCGCAAGGCGAAGCAGGAAGACUCUUUCUUCGUCCCCGCCGAGUCUAAGCUCGCUUUCGUCGUCCGCAUCAAGGGUAUCAACAAGAUCGACCCUAAGAAGCGCAAGACCCUCCAGCUUCUUCGUCUCCUCCAGAUCAACAAUGGUAUCUUCGUCAAGCUGACCAAGGCCACCAUCGAGAUGCUCAAGAUCGUCGAGCCCUUCGUUACCUACGGAUACCCCAACCUUAAGACCGUCCGUGAGCUCGUCUACAAGCGCGGCUACGGCAAGGUCAACAAGCAGCGCCUCCCGCUCUCUGAUAACCAGAUCAUCGAGGAGAACCUCGGCCAGUACGGCAUCGUCUGCAUCGAGGACCUCAUCCACGAGAUCUACACCGUUGGCCCCAACUUCAAGCAGGCCUCCAACUUCCUCUGGCCCUUCAAGCUCUCCUCCCCCACUGGUGGCUUCCGUCCCCGCAAGUUCAAGCACUUCAUUGAGGGCGGUGACCUUGGUAACCGGGAGGCCUUCAUCAACGACCUCGUCCGCCAGAUGAACUAG